AUGUAUAAUCAGUGUGAAAGGGAACCAUUAUUUACAUAUAAAAUCAACGAUCACGAGUUCGAGAUUUUGACAGGAUUUUCAACAUCAGAUGGAGUCAAGAUAAUAGAUCCAGAGAAUAAAUUUUAUUUCCGAGAUCUUCAAUAGCCAAUGUUAUUCGUUUUAGAUGAUUUUGAGAUUCCAUUAGAUGGUUGGAGUGAUACAAGGGUUUCUUAAUGUUAGACAAUCCAGAACUAUUUCUUGGGAGGGCCAUGUUAUUUUUCAAACAACACAGUUUCAAAAACCUUUGUAGGUUUACCAUCUCAUGAAUACAUUACUAUUUCAUUUAAUUUUCACUUCAUUGAUUAAUGGUAGGGAGAAAUCGGAUAGUUAAAGGUGGAUAAACUGAUUGUAUGGUAGGAUACAUACAAUUGGUGUGAUAAAGUGAUGCCUUGGUUAUGUUAUAAGCAAGGAAUCAACAGUUGUGGAGGUGAGGCUCCAGAUCAAAUAGGGUAAGCUAUUAGACUAACUUUAUAUCACAUAAAUUCAUUUGAGAAUUUGGAGUUCUCUACAACUUUGGGAAAGAAAGACGCAUGUUAAGCAUCAUGGGGAAUUGAUAAUGUUGCUAUUUAUGUAUAUUGA